AUGGUUCACCAGCCAGCAUCUAGCCUUCUGGGAAUGGAGAGUUUGACGAUUGUGAACAAGAAGGUGUUCAAUCGUGUUCUGUGCGAACGCAGACUGAUGGCCGCAUGUACGUUGGGAACCCUCGUCGGGGUCGUUCUGCUGUUGAUCAGCGCCGGUACCUGUUCGUGGGCGAUCGUCGAGGUAGCUGCGCCGCACAACCUAACUGAAAAGCUGUUUCUGGGCAUAUGGGGAGAAUGGCAGGUGCUGUACAACGAGAGUCGAGAACUGGAAGGUAGGCGACAUUGCUAG